AGCCAUUUUGGCUCACGAGCCUGCUCGCCCCUGCUCGCGAGGUGGCUGCGGUCAUGGCCGAUGCGACGGCGUCGGCGCUCCUCAGCGUGGUUGUUCGGGCUGGCGGCUCGCGCCAGGUGGUGGCGGCCACGGCGGUCGCCCUUUGGCGCGCGGCCCGUGCCGAGGCCGGCAACAUGCAGGAGGAGGUGAAGGAUGUGGACGCCGAGGUGCAGGCGCGCUUGGAGGCCAUCCAGCCCGUCCUGCGCGCGAAGGUCGUGGCGGCGCACGACGAGUCCCCACCCGCCAUCGACGGCGGGGUGAAGGCGCUGAGGAACGUGGCGGAGCACUGCCUGUUCGGGGAGGGCGCGGAGGCGCUGCCCAAGGACGGCAAGGAGGCCAAGCGACGGCAGCGGGGGCGGCGGCGCGGUGCUAAGGACGGCAUUGAUGGAGCCGCCUCGCACUCGGAGCUGGAGCUCACUGAGGGCAUGAAGCUGAUCGGGGUCGUACCGAUGGCGGGCGAGGCCGCGGUUCCCGAUACCAGCGACGAGAAGGUGGCCAUGAAGGACUUCGACAUCCAGGCGGAGGUCGAGGAGAAGAGCCCUGCUGCCCAGCCGCUGGCCGUCGACCAGGCCAGAAAGAUGGUUCAGGCUGCCGCGCGCGCCGAGCUGAAGCUGGAGUCCCAGCUGGCGGCGGCUCAAGCUACGCACCUGGCCGUCUGUGAGAUGGUCUUCGACGCGGGCUUCGAGGCGACGCAGAUGUGGGACAAUGGCGAGGCUGGCACCGUGGUGGAGUCCUCCGAGGAGCUCGGGACGUCGCACGUGAAGACGGCCGAGUUUUGAAUGCCGCCCCGCGGCACGUCGGGCGUUGGGGCGCGGAGGCUCGUGUUCCUCCUGCGCCCCCGCGCCGCGGAGGCUCGUGUUCCUCCUGCGGCUCUCGCUGCCCUGGGCGCGGAGGCUCGUGUUCCUCCUGCGCCCAGCGGCAGCCUCGCGCCGCGGAGGCUCGUGUUCCUCCUGCGGCGCCUGGCCCUGGGGGCGCGGAGGCUCGUGUUCCUCCUGCGCCCCCAGGGGCUGCUGUAUGAAGCACGUGCAUUUAGGACAGCGUCCGCUAUCAAAGAGUC